CUGGCAUUUUUGACUCCAUAUAUUCUGGAGAGACUGAGCACCCUAGUUCAACUCGACGAGAAGUUUGAGUGCAGAAAGGGGAGGAAUUCCGAAUGAAAUUCCCGUCACCAAGAGUCACUCGAGUCAUUCAGAAAUGUCGGAUGCCUACAAACAACGAGUUCAGGAAUUCGAUGACCUGCUGAAUAGCACCUGUGUGGACAGGGAGAAAUUGAAGAAGUUCGCCUUUGAAGGCAUUCCGGAGGGUGCAGGACGACGAAGUCUCUCGUGGCGAAUCCUUUUGAACUACUUGCCUGAGGAACGGUCUACUUGGAAUGGGGUUUUAACCCAACAAAGGAAGUUGUAUCAACAAUUUUUAGAUGAAAUGAUCUUGGUGUCUCAUUCGGAAAAAAUCGUCGAGGACCAUCCACUCAAUCCCAAUCCGGAGAGUCAUUGGCAGUCGUUUUUCAAAGACAACGAAGUUUUACUACAGAUUGACAAAGAUGUACGUCGCCUUUGCCCAGACAUUUCCUUCUUUUCCCAGGGUUCCACACAUCCAAAUGUUUCCGUGGUCAAAGGUCGGGCCGAGCGACUUCAUCAACGUGUUCAACAAACCAGGCUCAACGCUCAAACCAUCGAAAGAAAAGGUUUAGGCAUGUCCAAGCUCUCCUUGUCCAAGAAGUUGGCCCCGGAAAGUUAUGCUCCCUUGGAAGAUGGCGAAGCUCAUUGGGAGAUUGUCGAGCGGAUUCUGUUUUUAUAUGCCAAACUCAAUCCUGGACAAAGUUAUGUCCAGGGGAUGAACGAAAUUAUUGGUCCCAUUUACUACGUGUUUGCCUCGGACUCCAAUGUAGAAUGGCGAGAAUAUGCCGAGGCGGAUUGCUUCUUUUGUUUCACCAAUCUCAUGUCGGACAUCCGGGAUUUCUUCAUCAAGACCUUGGAUGAGGCUGAGACUGGGAUCAAUGGUCUCAUGAUCCGGUUCAUGAAUCAGGUCAAAAUCCAAGACCCCAAAGUGCACCAAAGGCUGACUGAUCAAGACAUUAAGCCUCAGUUUUUCGCUUUUAGGUGGUUGACAUUGAUGCUUUCGCAAGAGUUUGACUUGCCGGACGUGCUCCGGAUUUGGGAUUCGUUACUCUGUGAUGAGACUCGGCGAGAUUUCCUUUUGGCCGUGUGCACAGCUAUGGUAGUUUUGGUCCGCGACGAUCUUUUGCACAACGAUUUUCCGGAGAACAUGAAACUGCUACAAAACUAUCCGUUCACGGACGUCCAAAUCAUUUUGUCCAAAGCCGCCAGUCUCAUGGCUUGACGUUAUCCAACCGUUUCGUUACUGUGAUAGGUGCCCUUAUUCCGCAGCAUUUGUAUCCUCCUUUCUUUCUAUCAUACUCAUCCAUCCAGGAAACCCUAAAACCCAAAUACACCCACCCGAUUCAAUGAUAUUGCCUGGUCCUCGGAUCUAGGAGUCUGAAUGUAUCUCUCUAUUUGCCCAGACAAUAAAAUCAGCAAACAUA